AUGUCGCAGAUUCUGCGUGAGGCCCCUGCGGACGUGCUCGUCAUGAACGGUAACCGCGCAUACAUUGACCUUCACAGCACUUAUAUGAGCGAAGUUAUCGAGCACAAGGCCCUCAGCAACCAGACAAAUAGGGAGAGCUACGCAGCACUCCUUGCCCAUGUUGGCGACGCCCGGAAUACUCCCCAGGGCAGUACAUCAAACCCAGAUCAAGGCAAGAAGGGUGCAGUGACUCCGAAACUCAGCAACGACCUCACGCUGCUCCUCGAUCCCUUGGACCAGAGAGAGCAUCCACAUAUCAAGUAUUGGGAUGUGCGCUCGUGGCGCAAUGCUGCACGGUCCAUCCGGUUGACGAGCAAUCCCAACUCGAAGCAAGGUCAGCGCGGCCAAAGCCGCUCGUCCAGGGGCGAAAAUGUGAAUGCGCGAUAUCACAAGAAUGCCCAAGGUGAACCUGUCAGCGGGCGACUGCGCGCCAGCAACCUGGAAUCAGCGAACCAACCUACAGGGCGACUACUAUCGAGCCACGAUGUAUUCAAAUUCCCCGAGCUACGCUUUUGCAUGCUCCACUGGAAGGUUGACGAGAUAGCAGCCGAAAUAUACUCACAGUGGUACCGCAGUCGUACAAUCACGUCGGGCAAGCACAGUCGGUCUCGAUCACCGUUGUUGAAGGAUGAACCUGGUCAUCAACUUGAGCUUGACUCACUCGACAAAGCACACUGGCGAAUCUCCGCCUCUCCUCAGCCGACGAAUCAAUCUGCAUCUGCUACGUCAGGCCCUAGUCAUGCCUCCGAGUCGCCCACUUCGUCUGCCAUUGCCCUUGCCUCGUCCGCCACUGUUUCUCUCGCACCGUCUGCUGUCUCGCCCGCACCGUCUGCCAUCUCUCUCGAUCCACCUGCCGUCUCGCCCGCACCAUCUGCCAUCUCUCUCACAUUGCCUGCCGUCUCGUCUACCCUGCCCGCCGAGUUGUCUGCCCCACCUGCUGACUCGACCGCCCCAUCCACUCAGUCUCUCGCAUCGCUUGCGCUCUCGUCUACCAUCCCACUUGCCCUGUCUGCCGUCUCACUCGCACCAUCCGAGUCUGCCGUCUCGCUUGUGCCAUCUACUCAGCCUGUCUCUCUCCACCCACCUGCUGUCUCUCUCGCACCGCCGUCUGCCACCAGAUGCUGGCAUGCUCAUGUAUGA